AUGGCACACAAUUCAUUCCCGGGGUCCAACCCAUUCGUCAACACCAGCGCCAAACGUGAUAAAUCUCCCAACAUUCACCAAAUCACGGAGGAGGAGGAAUAUGAGGUGACGUCACCAACUGACAUGACCUUUCGACAGGCCAACGUUGGUAGCAUUCAAGGGACAAUCCUUUUCGGAGAGAACGCAGGAAGCGCAGGAACUGAAGGUGGAACACAGGGCUUUGGAGGUUCGCUGUUCGGUCGGGGGAGCCCCUUUGACUCGGGUCCUGGAUCGGGCGCGGGUAAUCCGGGUGAGGAUGAGGCUGGAGCUCUCCCGCCGGGCCCCGCAGGUCAAGGCUUCCCCAGCAAUUAUGCGCUGGGUCGUCGCACCUCCGUGUCUGCAGAGUCCUUGAACCCCACGUCCGCUGGAACUGAUAGUUGGUCACCCCCAAACCAUCCUAAGACGGAUGAGCAACUGGCACGACUGAGGACUGCGGUCAGUGGAAAUUUCUUGUUUUCACACCUUGACGAUGAGCAGUUCAAGACCGUGUUGAGCGCACUCGUUGAAAAGCCCAUCCCCGCGAAAGACAUCAAAGUGAUAUCUCAGGGAGACGCGGGCGACUAUUUCUACAUCGUGGAGAAGGGCCAAUUUGAUAUUUAUAUUCACCCCUCUGGCUCGGUGCAACCCGGUCUCGAUGGCCUGGGAAACAAGGUCAGCAGUACUGGACCUGGUGGCUCCUUUGGUGAGCUUGCUCUAAUGUACAAUGCGCCACGUGCCGCGACGGUUAUCUCUACAGAGGCCAAGAGCACACUUUGGGCGUUGGAUCGCAUCACCUUCCGUCGAAUUCUGAUGGACUCGGCUUUCCAGCGGCGUCGUAUGUAUGAGGCAUUCUUGGAGGAGGUCCCUCUUCUCUCGUCCCUCAAGCCAUAUGAGCGGUCGAAGAUUGCUGAUGCCCUGGAUACUAUCAAAUACCCCGCUGGUUCCACUAUCAUCAACGAGGGUGACCCUGGCGAUGCAUUCUAUCUCUUGGAGUCCGGCGAGGCUGAGGCGUUCAAGAACGGAGUUUCGGUUAAGAAUUACCACCGGGGCGACUACUUUGGUGAAUUGGCUCUAUUGGACGACAAGCCGCGUGCGGCAAGUAUCGUCACAAAAACUGAAGUGAAGGUGGCGCGUUUGGGUCGUGAUGGGUUUAAGAGACUGUUAGGACCCGUGGAGGAUAUCAUGCGUCGGGCUGAUUAUCAGGUGGAUGCGGCCAAGUCUUCCGUUUCUUCAUGA